GCCCUGAAAACCAAAUUUAAUUUAAUUCAAUUGAUUGAUCGAAAUGUGUAUAAAUAAUUAAAAGAGUUUUAAGGCAACACCUCGAUAAUGGCUUGCGGCACGCAAGGUGAAUUAUUAUUCGGGAUUCCUUCAGUAAAGGAAUAACCAUGAGAAAUGACCAUGGGUCCAACACCCAUCUGCAUCCAGACGAUGCUAUUAGAAGGGCCAAAAUCGUAAAAGUUGCCGCCUCGCCAACAAGUGCAAACCCGGACGAAGAACCGGACCCGGAGUUAUUAGACCGCUAUGACAAUUUUUACCAAACAACGAAGAGCCUCCUGGUGCUGUUCCAGAUCAUGGGGGUGAUGCCCAUCGAACGCUCCGGGAAAGGCCGAACCACGUUCAGGUGGCUUUCGUCAACCUCCAUUUAUGCCUACUUCAUCUUCGGCGCUGAGACGAUUUUCGUCACAAUGGUCUUCAAGGAGAGAUUAUACUUAAUCCUCCGUCCGGGCAAGAGAUUCGAUGAAUACAUUUACGGCAUAAUUUUUUUGAGCAUUUUAAUCCCGCAUUUCCUACUGCCAGUCGCGGCCUGGACUAACGGUACGGAAGUCGCGAAAUUUAAAAAUAUGUGGACGAGGUUUCAGCUAAAGUACUACCAAGUGACCGGCACGCCCAUCAUCUUCCACAACCUCACCCUCAUCACCUACUCCCUCUGCGUGAUCUCCUGGGCCGUGGGCAUCGGCAUCAUGCUAGCGCAGUACUACCUCCAAGCCGACAUGCUCCUCUGGCACACUUUCGGCUACUACCACAUCCUGGCCAUGCUCAACUGCCUGUGCUCCCUCUGGUUCAUCAACUGCACGGCCAAAGGGCGCGUCGCCGUCUGGAUGUGCAACAAUCUGCACAAGGCCCUGGAAUCGCGAAACCCCGCCAAAAUCCUGGGCGCAUAUCGCGAUCUCUGGGUCGACCUCUCCCACAUGAUGCAGCAGUUGGGGAAGGCAUACAGCGGCAUGUACUCCAUGUACUGUCUCCUGAUUUUGCUGACGACCAUCGUGGCCAGUUAUGGCUCCGUGACGGAAAUUAUGGACCAGGGGAUCUCCUUCAAGGAGGCCGGCUUGUUCAUGAUUGCGUUUUAUUGCAUGACGUUGCUUUAUAUUAUAUGCAACGAGGGGCACCAUGCCACUAGGAAGAUGGGGCCGGAGUUCAGGGAAAGGUUGCUGAACGUUAAUUUGAGCGCCGUGGAUCAGAAGACGAGGCAGGAGGUGCACAUGUUUCUGAUGGCCAUUGAAAAGAAUCCGCCCAUCAUGAAUUUGAAUGGGUACGCGAAUGUCAACAGAAAGCUCAUCUCUUCGACAGUGACUUCGAUCGCGACUUAUCUGGUUAUGUUAAUGCAAUUCCGGUUGACUUUGAUGCGGAAUGCUCAACUGGCAGCAAGAAGAGCAAUUGCUAACGUCUCGGUGUCCUCGGGGAAUACAACCAUGUCCUAAACACUUUUCUUUAUAAUACCAAUGUCUGGUAUUUUCGUGACAUUUUAUAUUUGUAGGUCAUGUACGGACAAAGCUUAUGGAAAUCGGGGGUAAAUCCCCCGAUUAAAUAUUAAUACGGUGUAGGCACGUUGUAUAAUUGCAUGUUUAAAACAUACCCAGCUGCACCAUCCCUUAAUCAAAUUUUAAAUCAUUUUUUUUUGUAAACUCGUUCAAAGUAUAUCACGAUUUUUAGGCCCAUUCAAGCUUUGUAAACCCAAAUU